GCAGUGCGCAGUUUAGGCCUACUUGAUGAAGAAAUCAGAGACGCGCGUUGUCAUGGCAUUCGGCAUUUAUGACGUAAUGAUAAAGUAGAUCGCAAUGUUCUAUAUCAAUUUAGCGCCAUUCGCGACACCAUAGUUGUCGCUUUCUCCCAAAUUCCCAUUUCUGAUCGGUUUCUAUUGUCUGAGUCGUCUGCGGUCCAAAAUUAUUAUUUUAUGUGCGAGUGUUAUAUAAGAUCAGUUCUUUUGGCCUACAUCAGAUCUACCAUCAAGGGAAGGUAUGGAGACUCCGGAAAGUGACCAGUUCAAUCCUACUCAGGAAAUGCAGUGUCCAUCAACUGUGGGCAGGCGAAGUGUGGAGAUGAAAAGUGUCGCGAAGGAGUUCUUCUGUCUCACUGAUGAGACAGCUCAAGGGAGGGUGAGUGUGUCAAGACGUGGAGCCAGUAUGAGGAGCAGCCACACUCCUGGACACUGCAAAGGGAGUGAAUCUGUGCUGCGCAGGACUGUGACCUUGGAUUAUAAUGAUGGUGAUGACUAUGAUGAUACAGAGGGAAUCGCUGAACAUACAACAAAACCAGAAGUCACAGAAGAAUGGAUGACAGUCAUGGGGGCAAAACUCCCAGAGUUACCAGUUCAUAAAAAGGAGACCUCAAGAACGAAAUGUGAGUCUCCAAAAGAAUAUAUUCAGCUCCAAAGUGAUAAAGGGAUAAGUGUACCAGAAACACAGACAAGGAUGAAAGAUCAGGCCAAGAUACUGUUACCACUAAAGCCUUUCAGUGAGGGAUAUGAGGCUGCAUUCCUCAGGGACAGAAUGCGAAGGCUCUGCAGAAGAUCAGGACCUCCUUUCUCGCUGUUCUCCCCUACGGAAAGCCUGGGGGACAUACUGUACAGGAAAACCAAGCAUGUGUUUGACUACACAGUCACGGACAUGAAAGACAAAAAGCCUGAUGUUUCAAGGUGUGGUUCCAAUCUAAACCAAUGUGUUAGACCAGCCCUUCCAGUACGGAAAGGCUUCAAUGUAUCCACAUCUAGGUACAGCCAGAGAAGGGAACAAUCAAUUGAUCAGGUGACGGUGAUCAGAAAAGAUCAUGUCGGUAGGCCUUUACUAAUGCUGAAAGGCAAUGCAAGUCUAACCAACAGUGAUGGAAGCAGCAACACGGAUUCAUUUGCUUAUUCACCCAGACUCACAAAGGAAAGAAAGAGGCACUACUACAAAGACCUGUGUCAGCAGGUGGAGGAGAAGAGACAACAAAAAGCGAGGGAGAGGAGAAGGAUUACCACCGCCGAACAAACUCACAAUGAGACAAUGCAGUUCUUCACCUGGGGGAUGCCAGGGAGCGGAGCCCCAAACUACCACCUGGACUCUGUGAGAAGGAACAAGUUCAGUUCCACAGAAAUGAUACCCCAGGAACAGCUCCGCUGUAAAGGCUUCAGCGGGAUCCCUUUUCAUCUGCAUGUCAAAUGAUGGCCAUUUUAUGGUCCCCCCCCCCAGCCCAGACGAUUGAUGCUCAGCUCAGACAACUGAUAAACCCAUUAAACUAACGCAGUAGUAGACCAAACUCUGCGCUCUGCUGACUUUUGUCCCAUAGGUGAUAGAUAAGUCAUCAAUUAGCUGGAUUUCAGCACGCAUUGGCACUUAUAUCCAUUGAUUAAUUUACUGUUUUAAACUCCCAUAUGUGCAUAACCACACUCAAAACAAUUCUGGAUCCAUACAUUCUGAUGGUGUUCAAAUCAGUUGUGAUGGUAGGGAUGCACAUAAACAGUUAUAUAUACACACACACAAACACACACACACAUAAAUGCUACAGUGGUAAUUGACAGAUCAAUAGCAUGGUGAGAUAAUGAAUAGAAACAGUGGCUCACUAAAUAUAAGAUUGUACACAAAAAAAGCUGGUCGUGAAAGCGAAAAGAUACUGACUGUCUGCCUACAGUCAAAAAAUUAUUCUUUUUCAUCAUAUUUUUAACCGUUUUAUAUGAGUAAUUUUGUAUAUAUAUUGAAGCCAGAGUUGUAGUGAAAUACAACCCUCCUGUCAGAUAAAGAGAGUGGGUGGAAAUAAUUGAGAAAGUCUUAAUGUCAAUGCUUUGUAGGUGAAGUGAUGUGGAAAUCUAUCCUCUGAUAUUGACCUGAUAUUUGGGUUGAAUGAUUCACAAAGAAACAAUGGGUAGUGUAACUAUAGUGUUUACAAAAAGCUUUUCAACAUGAGGAGCGAUGCACAAACAAGCACUGAUACAGUAAUAUUCUCUUCAGGUGGCCACUAAUGCUCUUAGGCUACUUGAUUUACUUGGGUAUAUUUUUAGUAAUUAUUGAUAAAUCCAUAUUUACUAGUAUAGACAAUUUGAGCACAAAGUUAAUAUCUUUAUUAUUCUGAGUAGCAUAUGUAUCAAUGUAGUCUCUUGGAAUCAUCUUUGAGUAUAACAUAGUUUGGAGAAUAAUAAUCUGUUU